GAAUCUAGAAGGGAAGAGCAGAGAGCGGACUUUAUAACAGAUCAAACUAUCUGAGCUUUUUUCCUUUUGAAAUAAAACAAGGAGUUGUAUGUCGAUCAGAUUAUCAGGAUCUAGAAUUUUUAAUUAUUUAAAAUUUUCAUUCAAUUUUAUUUUGCUUUCUGUAAACCUGGCAACAUUUUUUGAAAGAACAUCUCCUUUUUUACCUACAUCAUUUGCACUAUUUUUACUUCGAGGUGGUGUGUUGACAAGGAUUUUUUUAAAUCACUGGAAAGUAUGAGUUCCUUGGUAAUAAACGCAAUGGGAGAUUGUAAUAAUGCAGGCUUUGACCUCAUUCAAAACCGCAUUGAUUCACUGAGCACCAAGAUGGAUAAGCUCAUCAACAUUCAAGAAAAAGUCCUCAGUCGACUCGAUGGAAUGUCUCAGGAAAUCGACGAUAUCGAACAGGAUAUGGAGCAUUUGAUGGUCGAUAAGGAGGAAAUCCAUCUCCCGCCCAAGAUGGUGAAUCAAACCCAGGUGAUGGGGCGUGAAGUGCGGGAGAUCUGCCAGGAGAUGAGCACCAUCAUGUCCGUGGUGAACCAGCGGUCUGAGCAGCAGGCUCAGAAACUGGAGGGGAUGGAGAAACUGGUCCUCAGCAUGCAGCAGGUCAUCAGCUUCAUUGGGGAGACCGUAAAGAGUUCAAAGAUUAUAGAGAGGAUGUUCAAAGGCCCAGCUGCUCGGAAAGCCAAAUCUAAAGACACUAAAGGAAAGCAGAUGACUAAGAGGAAAUCAUCCACGGAUACAACAACUAAAACGCUUGACAAGAAAACUUCCUCUAACACAGCCAAUAAAGGAAAACAGGAGGUAAAUCCUGCAUGCGAGGCCAGUUCUCUGCAGCCCUCUCGCAAGAUAAAGCUCCAUGGACCAAAGCGUUUCCUCGCAUCCCGUAAAUGUGGAAACUUUCUUAAAGAUCAUAAAGGCAAAGAUGGGACGGAUAAGCCUAGUUUGAGCCAGAAGAGUCUUAAAGCUCAGAAGGAGAUGAAACCUCCAGAUGAUGCAGAUAAUGUCUCCCUGAAGAAACAGGCUUUGCUUCUCGAAGAGGUGCAGGAACUAAAUAGAGAAAACGCGGCACAGUCAGGUCACCAGCUCUCCUCCCUGGAUCUGGAGGCUGGAGUGCCCCCCC